CAACCCGGACAGGUUGGUCCUACACCGGUCACACCAUCGUGCUAGCAAGAAGGGAUUUGACAUCCAGGGAGUUCAACCUGUUAGUCAGCAGUGGCUUCGCUGAGACACGUCUGCCUUCGACCCCUGGCCCAGAACUUGUUGACUUACACCCAGGCAUGUUUUUAAUAUGCUGAGCUGACCGCCAAUUAUUACUGGUUUAGAUCUGAUUUCAUGAGGAGCUGGUCUGUCUGUGACGCGUAUUCUGUUUGCUCUUUAGACUGAAGCAGAGAAGGGAAGUGCCAGGAGACAGGAAAAAGUCCAGUCCCAAAUCUGAACAAGAAACCAUGAAGCUCAGUGAAAAGGACCCAGCAGAUAACAAAGGAAGUGAUUUGGAGAAAAAGAAGUUGGACUGGUCCUGCUCUCUCAUCGUGGCCUCACUCGUGGGCGCCUUGGGUUCCUCCUUCCUGUACGGGUAUAACCUCUCCGUGGUGAACGCCCCCACUCCGUACAUCAAGGCCUUUUACAACGAGACGUGGGAAAGAAAGCAUGGACAUCCGAUAGACUCAGACACGCUGACUCUGCUGUGGUCCGUGACGGUGUCCAUAUUCGCCAUUGGUGGACUCGCGGGGACGUUACUGGUGAAGCUGAUGGGAAAGUGUCUGGGGAGGAAGUACACUUUGCUGGUCAACAAUGUGUUUGCGGUUUCCGCUGCCUUGCUGAUGGCCUGCUCUCUACAGGCAGGCGCCCUGGAAAUGCUCAUCGUGGGCCGCUUCAUCAUGGGUGUGGAUGGAGGCAUCGCCCUCAGUGCGCUCCCCAUGUACCUGAGUGAGAUCUCGCCCAAGGAGAUCCGUGGCUCUCUGGGACAGGUGACUGCCAUCUUCAUCUGCAUCGGUGUGUUCACGGGGCAGCUGCUGGGCCUGCCUGAGCUGCUGGGAAAGGAGAGCACCUGGCCAUACCUGUUUGGAGUGAUUGCUGUCCCCGCCGUGGUCCAGCUGGUGACCCUGCCCUUUCUCCCCGAGAGCCCGCGCUACCUGCUCUUCGACAAGCAUGACCAGGCAGGAGCCGAGAAAGCCUUCCGGACAUUCCUGGGCAAAGAGGACGUGUCCCAAGAAGUGGAGGAGGUCCUGGCAGAGGGCCGCGUGCAGAGGUACAUCCAGCUGGUGCCCGUGCUCGAGCUGCUCCGGACCCCGUCCGUCCGAUGGCAGGUCCUCACCGUGGUCAUCACCAUGGCCUGUUACCAGCUCUGCGGCCUCAAUGCGAUUUGGUUCUACACCAACAGCAUCUUUGGCAAAGCAGGGAUCCCUCCAGAAAAGAUCCCAUACAUCACCUUGAGCACCGGUGCCAUCGAGACGUUGGCUGCCAUCUUCUCUGGCUUGGUCAUCGAGCGCCUGGGACGGAGACCGCUCCUCAUUGGCGGCUUUGGGCUGAUGACCGUCUUCUUUGGGAUCCUCACGGUCACCCUGACGCUGCAGGACCACGCCCCCUGGAUCCCUUACCUGAGCAUCGUGUGCAUUCUGGCCAUCAUCGCCUCCUUCUGCAGUGGUCCAGGCGGCAUCCCAUUCAUCCUGACCGGCGAGUUCUUCCAGCAAUCCCAGCGGCCCGCAGCCUUCAUCGUGGCGGGCACCGUCAACUGGCUCUCCAACUUCGCCGUGGGACUCCUCUUCCCGUUCAUCCAGAAAAGCCUGGGCACCUACUGCUUCCUGGUCUUUGCCGCAGUCUGCUUCGCAGGUGCUGUCUAUUUAUAUUUUGUCCUGCCCGAGACCAAAAACAAAACCCAUGCAGAAAUCAGCCAGGCAUUUGCCAAAAGGAACAAAGCAUACCCACCGGAGGAGAAAACUGACUCAGCUGUAACUGAUGAUAAGCCCAACGGGAAGCCUGGAGCGGACUCCUCCUCCACGCUGGACAAUUACGUCAAAAACAGGAUUGUCUAAAUGCUCGGUCUCACCAUUUCAGAUUCCCCUACACACUUAACAUUAUUAAGUAUUUAAAAGUAAACCUUUGCUAGUCAGACAUUGCAACCAUGUGGACUCUUCAUAGCUGAAUCCUCCAUACUCUUCUGGAAGCUGGAAGGAAUCACCCUACGUUUCAGAAGCCCAAACAUUCUUCUAGACUGAUGGGUGGGCUGCCUUCUUUGUGACGGAGCCCAUGGUUUCCAAAUGAAAUUGGGGAAGUAGCAUUGGAAUGCUUUCUCAAA